UUCCUCCACUUGUCUCUAAACAGAUCACCUGGUACUCCUUGCCUGUGUGGAAGAUGUCCUGCUCCAGCCUGUGUGCCCCUGUGUGCGGGGUUGCUGCCCCAGUCCCCGUGGCAGACAGCUGCAACGAGCCCUGCAUUCAGCAGUGCCCUGACUCUACCGUAGUGAUCCAGCCCCCAGCCACGGUGCUCACCUUGCCCGGGCCCAUCCUCAGCUCCUUCCCGCAGCAUGCCGUGGUUGGCUCGGCAGGAGUCCCGGGUGUUGCAGGAGGCUUUGGCGGCACUUUUGGAGGCCGUGGUGGCUUUGGGGGCUAUGGAGGCCUUGGGGGCUAUGGCAGCCUUUUGGGCUAUGGAGGCCUUGGGGGUUAUGGAGGCCUUUGGGGCUAUGGAAGCCUUGGAGGCUAUGGGGGCUAUGGAGCCUUUGGGAGCUGUGGAUAUGGAGGCUGGCGUUGGGGCCACAGGUACCUCAGUGGCAACUGCGGGCCCUGCUAA